CGCGGGAGGUAUUGUGCUUCACCGGGCUUUGUUCACCUGGCCCUGGCUGCGUCCCGGCGGUGCCACCCGGAGCCGGUGCCCGCCGCCGCCGCCGCCGCCGCCGCCAUGGUGUCUCCGGUCACUGUGGUGAAGAGCGAGGGACCCAAGCUGGUGCCCUUCUUUAAGGCCACCUGCGUGUAUUUUGUGCUCUGGCUGCCCGCAUCCAGCCCAUCGUGGGUCAGCGCCCUUGUCAAGUGCCUGCCCAUCUUCUGCCUCUGGCUCUUCCUCCUGGCCCAUGGCUUCAGGUUCCUGCUGGCCCACUCCAGUGCCUCCCUCAUCUUUGUGGGACUUGUCUUCUCUGCCGUGGGUGACGCCUUCCUCAUCUGGCAGGACCACGGCUACUUUGAACAUGGUCUCCUGAUGUUUGCUGUGACACACAUACUCUAUGCCUCAGCCUUUGGCAUGCGGCCACUGGCUCUCCGGACAGGUCUGGUGAUUGGAGUGCUAUCAGGCCUGUGUUAUGCCCUACUCUACCCAGGGCUAUAUGGUGCCUUCACCUACCUGGUGGGGGUCUAUGUAGCCCUUAUCAGCUUCAUGGGUUGGAGAGCUAUGGCAGGGCUGCGGCUGGUUGGGGCAGCCUGGCGGUGGACAGAGCUGGCAGCCGGCAGUGGCGCACUGCUUUUCAUCAUCUCAGACCUGACCAUCGCUCUCAACAAGUUCUGCUUUCCUGUGCCCUACUCUCGGGCACUCAUCAUGUCCACUUACUAUGCUGCUCAGAUGCUCAUCGCCCUGUCAGCUGUGGAGAGCCGAGAGCCAGUGGAAGACUAUAGACUGAGCAAGGCCAACUGAAGGGACUGGGGUGUGCUCACCUUUCUCCUGGGGCUUCGGUCCAGACCUUGGGAGUAUGCCGGAGCUCUGUCGGCAGGCAGCUCCAGGGAAAGUGGCAGGCUUGAAGGGGUGAGCAGAAAGAGCUCCCAGGAAAGCUGGUAGGCUAGGAUGACCCUGAGAGCUCAAAGAGGCACCUUAUAUUCCUUGCCUGAAUCAGAAGUAGACACUCCUUACCCCGUCAGGACUGUCAAAGCCCUCCCGGAAGGUGAUGGUGCUUUUUGACCCCUCUCUUUUUACUAGAUGCAAGAAUGUGACUAUCUCUUACGACCAGGACCAAUGGCAAUGCCAGGCUCAUCCGUUCCCACCCUUUCUCUUCCAAGCUGACCGAGGAGCAGUCCUUCCCCAGGCUCCCCAUUUGGGAAGACUGGUUAAAGGUGGAGUCUUGUUUCCCCGUGGCUAGCCAGUUACUGCAGCAGGUUUUCAGCAGUGUCUAUGAGGAGCUGUAGAGGGGACUUCUUGGUGUGGAAGCUUGAGGGCAUCAAGGCUGCGGACUGACCCUCUUUCUCUCACAGGCCAGCCCGGAGCUCAGGCCUCAUACCGUCACCCUCAGACUCUGUCCCCUGAGCUAGGGUGUACCAUGCCAAAGGAAGGGGCUGGUCUCCACCUCUAUGUCUGUGUCCUGCUGUCUGCAAAUGGCUUAAAGGGGGUGGGCCUCAGAGAGCUCCUGAGGGGCCUGGCCCAGAGCGGGGCCUCCCCUCGCACACCGACAAUGCUGUCUUCCUGCCCAGGAGUGAGUUCCAAGUGACACUUUAGGGUCUUAAGACCUGAAGCACAGUCAAUGCAAGGGGAGUAAGGACGGGGUAACUCCGUUCUCUACUGCCCAUGUGAAAAAAUAAAAUAAAAUAAAAACCCAA